CCCACUGCAGAGCUGUGGUUUCUGGAGAAGCCAAGGGAUGACUGGGAGGCCCUUCUGAAUGGAGGGGUCCUGGUGUCUGGAGGCUUUCCGGUGCGCUGGGAAAUGGGGAAGCUAGCCACCGUGCCCAUUGUCCUGCUUUGUGGGAAAUUCCUUGUAAUUUUCCUUCUCAAAGAAACGCUCAGCCAGAGCAAGCAACGAGAGGGCCGUGUGUGUGCCCGAAAUACGUUGAGGAUCCCCCUAGCCUACAAUGAGACGUAUGCCAAGCCCCAACACCAUCCAUAUUUGACGCUGUGCCCAGGACCUCGAGUGUGCAGUACUUACAGGACGACCUACCGGGUAGCCACGCGACAGGUGCGGAAAGAGAUCCUACAGGCCAACAUCAUUUGCUGCCCAGGAUGGAAGAAACGUCACCUGGGGGACACGAAGUGCGAGGAAGCCACUUGUCACAAGUCAUGUCAGAAUGGAGGUAGCUGCAUCCAACCAAAUAAGUGCCAGUGUCCGCCUGGCUGGGGUGGACGGUAUUGCCAGAUUGAUGUGGACGAGUGUGUCAUGCCGCUUGCUCGCUGCGCACAAGACUGUCUUAACACUGCUGGCAGCUACAAGUGCCAGUGUCGGGCUGGGUACGCCCUGGAGCCAGAUGGCAAGGGCUGUCGUCUGCUUCCCACCGGCCAGGCGGUCCCUCUGCUCGGCACCAAAGUGCAAACUUUAGGGAUUCAGGAGACAAUUCCCAAUGAGAUCCAGGAACUCCAAGCAAAAGUAGAACAGCUGGAAGAGCGCCUGGAGCUUGCCAUCUCUAUCUUGCCAACCUCUGUGGAGCCCACCCAGAUCAAGGAGAUGUGGAAUCGCCUUCGUUAUUUAGACCACGUGGAAUCCCUCAGCGAGCAGCUCCUUUUUCUGGAGGAGAAACUGGGAGACUGUGCCUGUCAAAAUGAUAAAAAUGGCUUUGGCUACGAUCUCACCCGGUGAUGCCCGAAUCUUGGACUCAAAACUGGAUCGGCAGAAAACCAGCCGUUAUCUUUUUCCUCCUAACUCCACGCUGGUGCUCCUUGUCGUUCGAAGCUCAAAUUAAUUUCCUUUAUUUAUGCUAGUGGGCAUGGCUUAUUAAUUGAAAACCAAGCACAGUGAACUGCAAUUCUGCUGGAUUAAUUACAGAACAAAGGCUGCCUUCAAAUCCUAUCGAAACAUCCAGAUGGUCCCCCCCACCCCCCGUGACAGCCCGUGGUGUCCAUCCAGAGUUAAGCCUUUUUGGCUGCUUUAGUGGGAGAAAGAAACAUUGUUUUUAAAGACUUUGGCAAGUUUAAGCUCAGGAUGGGAUGGGAAAUUUGGCGAUUUGGUAUAUUCUACAAGCCCGGCUCCUUGGGUUCUGAUGGAGCUCCAAAAUGGAUUCAAGAAACCAGGUUAAGCCAACAGAGUUUUGAUACCUCUUUAAUUUUUUUCUCCCCAUUACAUUUCCUUACUGAAAGGUACAUGCCAUUCACGUGAGGGAUCCGUGCCUCUUUGUCAUGUUUUUCAACUUCCUUUCUGGUGAGUUGUGUAAACAGACCACUUUGUGCUAACAGACCUCUGCCAUCUUCAAUCCUUUCCAGAAAGUAGGAUUACAGUUCCCAAAAAUCCCCAGCCAGCCUGCAGAAAGUUACUCCAAAGGAAUUGCUUGUGUGCCUAAACUUCUUCUUUCGGUUUGAAAGGACUCAAUUCUCGCGAAGAUCUAUCUUUUUUGCGUAUUUUUAUUUGGUUACUGAACACUGAAUUUUAAUCAGGAAGUUUCCCUGCUGUUCCUGUUCUUCCCAGUUACACUAGCAUUCAUCGAUAGUAGUUUUUUAGACUUACUAAAUCAAAUUAAAAAAAAAAAAAGACCCAACAAGUCAAUUGAAUUAUGAUGGCAAACAACUUUUGAGUUGUGAUGGGCUUGUUACCUUGGUGGGCUGUUUUUGUUCUACUUUAACUUGUUGUUUUUAACUCUUUUAAACUGCCUAAAGCCAAGUGUGGGUGAGCAGCCAUAAAAAAUGGAAAUUAGAAAUGCAAGUAAAUAAAUAAAAUUGCUGGAUUUAACAACGUAA